CAUAAGGAUAAUUAAGUAUAAAAAUAAUCCAAAAAUAUGAAUGCGAGCACUUUAUCUGAAAAAGAAAAUUAUGUCAAUCAGUGGAAUACUCUGCUUUUGGAUGUACAAAAUAAAAGUCGAAAGAAAUUGCCGGAAAACAAAAAUGUAUUACUGCUGGGUGAUAGUAAAUCAGGCAAAACAACAUUAGUUACUAAAUUGCAAGGCCUGAAAGAUUCAAAACAGGGGUGGGGAAUGGAAUAUGGAUACAUACAAGUACGGGAUGACAGCACAGAUGAAAAUGCUCAGUUAAAUGUUUGGACAUUAGAUGGUGAUAGGUCAUUAAAAUAUUUGAUGAAAUUUGCAUUAAAUGAACAAAAUUUCGAGGAUACUACAAUUAUUUUGGUUGCUUCCAUGAAAGAUCCUUGGAAAAUUAUGGAAUCUUUAGAAUUUUGGUCGGCACGACUACAAGACCAUAUAGACAGUUUGAAAUUAGGAAUGGAACAAACACAACAUUUUAGAGAUAAAUGCAUCGAUAGAAUUAUUGAUUACCCAUCUCAUGAUAAUUUGUCAUAUGAAUCUUGCCCAAAGGUUCGACUUCUCAAUGAAGGAGUUUUAACAAAAAAUCUAGGUUUGGAUAUUGUUGUUGUUAUAACUAUGACUGAUUGCAUUAAGAACUUAGAAAUCAAUAACUAUUCAGAAGAACAUUUUGAUUACAUACAAUGCUGUUUGCGAAAGUUUUGUUUACAAUUUGGAGCAUCUUUGUUUUAUGUAUCUGUAAUGGAAGACAAAAACUGCGAUCUUCUUUAUAAAUACUUGAUGCAUAGAAUUUAUCGUUUUCCAUUUAAAACGCCUGCAUUAAUUGUAGAAAAAGAUUCUGUGUUUGUACCCUCGGGUUGGGAUAGUCUAAAAAAAAUUGAAGUGCUUUAUGAAAAUAUGCAAAAAAUUAAUCCUGAAUCACAUUACAGUGAUGCUAUACCAUUCCCAUAUGAGAAGCAACAUAAAGAACAUGAACUCCAGGAUGAAGAUGAACAAGGAUUUUUAGCCAAACAACUUGUUUUGUUAAAUCAAAACAUAUCCCAACCACAAACACCUGUUACCAGAAAAUCCAUAGAAAUUACCAAACCAUUGUUGGCUAAUAAACGUAUUACUGAUAACCCUCCACCCAGCAGUGAAAGAGCGCUGGCUAGUUUUUUCAAUGCACUUUUGCAAAAGAAACAAGAAUCUCCUACUGCUAGAACUCCAUCUAAAAAACCAGUUGAUAAUUCAGGCUCACCACAAUUAGACCAAACCGAUGAUGAUUCUAAUACUCCUAAGUAAACAUUAUUAGUUGUGUAAAAUGUUCAAGUAAACACGUCAAAUAAUUUAAGUAAAUAUUUUUUAUAAAUCAAAUAAAAGUGUCCAUAUAAUUUUAAUUAUUUAA